GUUCAACCUGCAUUUUCAUCGUUUCCUCUCAUCAGCUCAUCUUAUUUAACAAUCUUUCGAUCCGCCAUUCCUUCAACAACUAACCAUGGGAACAGAAACUAUGACGAGGAGGAGUGUCGUGAUGUUUCCAUGGCUAGCAUACGGCCACAUUACACCCUUCGUCGGACUGGCCAAGAAUCUCGCAGACAGAGGAUUCAUAGUCCAUUUAUGUUCCACUCCCGUCAACCUUAAUUCCAUCAAAAACAACAUUCCUCAAUCCUAUUCCCAAUCGAUUCAAUUUCUGGAACUCCAUCUUCCAGAAUCGCCGGAUCUUCCUCCUCAGUACCAGACCACCAAUGGCCUCCCGCUCCACCUCCACGACGCGCUCAAAAAGGUCCUGAAAAUGGCGGAACCUGAUCUCACCAAAUUCCUGAAAACCUUGAAUCCGGAUUUGUUAAUCUACGAUGUCGUAAAUUUAUGGGCGGAAAAGGUUGCCUUGUCGCUUAAUAUCCCUUCUGUCCGGUUCUUCACCGCCAGUGCCGCCAUGUGCUCGUAUUUCACGCACAUGAUGACUAAACCCGGCGAGGAGUAUCCUUUCCCGGCUCUUCGGCUCCGGAAAUACGAACAAACUAGAACUAGUGAGCUCUUGAGUCACGAGACGCGAAACUUCAAGCGGGAGAAAAGUCAGGAAACCGUAGAUAAGCCGGCUCAGGCGAUGAUGUUGGUGAACAGCUCGAGAGAAGUGGAAGGGAAGUACAUAGAUUACUUGUCGGAGACUAUGAAGUACAAGGUAGUGUCUAUCGGAACAACAUUCCAGGCUCCGGUGGAUUCGGACGAUGAAACAGAGCUCAUUGAUUGGCUCGCGAGAAAACCGGCGAGUUCAACGGUGUUCGUUUCAUUCGGGAGCGAAUAUUUUCUGAGGAAAGAAGAUUUGGAGGAGAUCGCGUACGGAUUGGAGCUGAGCGGCGUGAAUUUCAUAUGGGUGCUGAGAUUCCCGAAAGGAGAGGAAAUCUCCGUAGAAGAAGCUCUCCCGGGAGGUUUUCGGGAGAGAAUCGGGGAGAGAGGGAGAAUUGUGGAGGGGUGGGCCCCGCAGGCGAAGAUUCUAGGUCACCGGAGCACCGGCGGGUUUGUGAGCCAUUGCGGGUGGAAUUCGAUGAUGGAAAGCUUGAAUUUAGGGGUUCCGAUCAUCGCGAUGCCGAUGCAUUUGGAUCAGCCGAUGAAUGCGCGGUUGAUGGUGGAGAUCGGGGCGGCGGUGGAGGUCGAGAGAGACGAGAAGGGUGAGCUUCACCGGGAGGAAAUGGCGGCGGCUCUGAGAGAGACGGUGGGUGGGGAGAGCGGAGAGAAUCUGAAGAGGAAUGUGAAGAGAAUCAGUGAGAAUUUGAGAUUGGGAGGAAGCAGAGAGAUGGAUGCAGUGGUGGCAGAGUUGGAAAAGCUUUGCACCAAACCACAAAGGAUUGCAUAAACCCCGAUAGUUCAAGUUACAACUGAGCAUUCUUUAGAGAAGAACGAUUCAUCAUACUAUGAUGUAAUACAUUUUGUUAAAUUAUGAUACUAUGAUGUUUAAUUUUAUGA